GCGCUGCGUGGAGAUGCCCAGCCGAGGGGCGCCCGCGGAGGACCACGCCGUGCCGCUGCCCCCUGACGACUCGACCCCACAAAAGGAUCUUAGCAGCAGGAUUAAAGAACAAAAAAUUGUUGUGGAUGAACUUUCUAACCUGAAGAAGAAUAGGAGAGUAUAUAGGCAGCAGCCAAAUAGCAACAUAUUCUUUCUUGCUGACCGAACAGAAAUGCUUUCUGAAAGCAAAAAUAUCUUGGAUGAGCUGAAAAAAGAAUACCAAGAAAUAGAAAACUCAGAGAAGACUAAAGUCAAGAAGUAGCCAACCUGUGAUUUCACAUAACAAUGUGUGGCAUUUGUUGCUCUGUAAGCUUUUCUGUUGAGCAUUUCAGCAAAGAUUUGGAAGAGGAUUUACUGUGUAAUCUUAAGCGACGAGGACCCAACAGUAGUAAACAGUUGUUAAAGUCUGAUGUUCACUACCAGUGUUUAUUUUCUGGUCAUGUCCUUUGGUUGAGAGGUGUCUUGACUCCCCAGCCUGUGGAAGAUGAAAGAGGCAACGUGUUCCUCUGGAAUGGAGAGGUCUUCAGUGGAGUAAAAGUUGAAGCUCAAGAGAAUGAUACUCAAAUUGUGUCUGAGUAUCUUUCCUCUUGUAAGGAUGAAUCUGAUAUUUUGUCACUCUUCUCAGAAGUCCAGGGUCCUUGGUCUUUUGUAUACUAUCAAGCAUCUAGUCAUUAUUUAUGGUUCGGUAGGGACUUUUUUGGUCGCCGUAGCUUGCUCUGGCAUUUUAAUGAUUUGGGCAAGAGUUUCUGCCUGUCUUCAGUUGGCACCCAGACAUCUGUGUGGCAAGAAGUUCCAGCGUCUGGAAUUUUUAGAAUUGAUCUUAAGUCUGCUGCCCUUUCCAGACAUGUGAUUUUAAAAUUGUAUCCUUGGAAGUAUAAUUCUAGGGAGAAUACCGCUGAAGAAUGUGUUAAUAGCCUGAGUCAAAUUUCAGCAGACUUACCAGCAUUUGUAUCAGUGGUUGCAAAUGAAGCCAAAAUGUAUCUUGAAAAACCUGUUGUUCCUUUAAAUGUGAUCUUGCCACAAGCUCCACUGGAGACUCACUACAGUAAUGUUUCCAGCAUCCCACCCACAAGAGAGACACUUCAAGGCUUUCUUACUGAUGGACACAUGAAAGGAGUAAUUCAACAGUUCAUUGAUGUCCUGAGUGUCGCAGUCAAGAGACGUGUCUUGUGUUUACCUAGGGAUGAAAACCUGGCACGAAGUGAAGUUUUGAAAGCUUGUGAUAGGAAGGCAAAUGUUGCAGUCCUGUUUUCUGGGGGCAUUGAUUCCAUGGUUAUUGCAACCCUUGCUGACCGCCAUAUUCCUCCAGAUGAGCCCAUUGAUCUUCUUAAUGUAGCUUUCAUGACUGAAGAAAAGACCAAACCCACUUGCUCUAACAAGAAAUGGACUAAACAGAAAAAUCAUUGUGAAAUACCAUCUGAAGAAUUCUCUAAAAGCGUUGCUGCUGCUGCUAAUUCUGAUAAACAAUUCAGUGUACCAGAUCGAAUCACAGGAAGAGCAGGACUAAAGGAACUACAAGCUGUUAACCCUUCUCGAACUUGGAAUUUUGUUGAAAUUAAUGUUUCUCUGGAAGAACUGCAGAAAUUAAGAAGAAGUCGAAUAUGUCACUUAAUUCAACCAUUGGACACAGUUUUGGAUGAUAGCAUUGGCUGUGCAGUCUGGUUCGCUUCCAGAGGAAUUGGUUGGUUAGUGACCCAGGAUGGAUUGAUGUCGUAUCAGAGCAGAGCAAAGGUAGUCCUCACUGGAAUUGGUGCAGAUGAGCAACUUGCAGGCUAUUCUCGACAUCGUGUCCGCUUUCAGACACAUGGACUGGAGGGAUUGAAUAAGGACAUAGUGAUGGAACUGGGUCGAAUUUCUUCUAGAAAUCUUGGUCGUGAUGACAGAGUUAUUGGUGAUCAUGGAAGAGAAGCAAGAUUUCCUUUCCUGGAUGAAAAUGUUGUCUCCUUUCUAAAUUCCCUACCAGUUUGGGAAAAGGCAGACUUGACUUUACCCCGUGGAAUUGGUGAAAAGCUCAUUUUACGCCUUGCAGCUACGGAACUUGGUCUUCUAGCCUCCGCUCUUCUGCCGAAACGGGCCAUGCAGUUUGGGUCAAGAAUUGCAAAAAUGGAAAAGAAUAAUGAAAAGGCAUCUGAUAAAUGUGGAAGACUCCAAGUCAAUUCUUAGAAAACCUUUCUAUUGAAAAGGAGAUUAAGUUGUGAUAUGAUUUCCCAAUGUACUAGUAUUUGCUGAAUGACAGUUAUAUAAAAGUAAAGUGCUCUUUAUUAUUGUAUAAUAUAUUGGUUUUAAAGUU